CUCAUUAUUAUUUAAUGUAGGAUUUCACUCACACAUAUAUACCCAACAUUCUUGGAUUCAAAAAUGAUAUUCCACCAAUUUGAGCAUGCUUGGGUCUCAUGAAGUUUCUUAUAUUGCAUAAAUAUGAACUUUUAUUGGGAAGGCCAAUUCCACGAGAAGUGAGAGAAAUGAUCUUGCCUGUGGACGAUUGGAAUGCAAUUUCAUUUGAUUUGAUGCAAGGUUUGUCAAAUUUGGAAGAAUUAAAAGUUAAAAAUUAUGGAGGAAUCCAUGAGGUGAUUAAGCUUGAAGGGCUUCUUACUAUAAAAGGAGAACAGGAUCUGUUACUUCCAAGAUUGAAGAACAUGUUGUUGAUUGGUCUACAUGAACUGAGGUGCAUAUGGAAAGGCGCAACUAAACUUAUUAAUCUUAACAAUCUUGAAGAUUUAGAAGUCAUCGGGUGCAAAAAAUUGACGCAUCUCUUCACACCGGCCCUCGCUCAAAGCUUACAAAAGUUGAAAUCUCUUAAAAUUGAAAGGUGUGACGAAUUGGAGCAUCUAAUUGUUGAAAAUGUAGAAGAACAGGUCUCAUCAGAGAGUCAUCUCCAACUUUUAUGCUUCCCUAAACUGAAAAGAGUCCAUGUCAGAUACUGCAAUAAAUUGAAAUAUCUCUUCCCCAUGACCGUCGCUGAUAGUCUUUUAGAACUAAAGAUUCUCAUAGUAAAAGAAAACUCUCAAUUAAUGGAAGUAUUCACACAUGAAGGAGACGCUGGAGUUCCGAAAUAUGUAACGCUCCCUCAACUAGAAUUUAUGGGACUCAAAGGUCUACCAAGCCUUUUUAACUUCUGCCCAAACAACUAUCAGUUUAUAUUGCCAAAAUGGUGCCAGUUAGAAGUGAAAAGCUGUAAGAACAUGAGGACGACUUUUACCCGUACUCCAGACAGAAGUGUGCUUAUAAAUGGAGAGGUAGCCCAGAUCGACGAGCCUACAGGGAUUUCAACAAUUUCUCCAGUGCUUACCAUAUGCCCUGCCGACAACGAUAUAACAUGGAGGACAGACCGCAAACGGGAUAAUAACUCCGAAGAUGAUAUUUUGUGGCUGUUGAUUGGAUGGAUGGAGCUGCUAAUUCUGGAGUUGGACUCGCAUUAGGUCUCCGAAGAUUGUCAUCUUUGUAUUACACAACUCUUUUGCUUUCUAUUUAUUUUCUUUUAACAUCGCUAUAUCGUUAAACUCUAGAUACGUUACAAGUUUGUGUGAUAAUUCUACUUUCCUAGUUCCUUUACACUUUAUGCUUUCAGCAACACACGACAACAAACAAAUAAUUUAUUUGAUGCGUGUUUUAUAUUAUUUUAUUUUUUGAUAGAUA